ACAGUGCAGCAUCUAUUAUAAAGUAUUUAGUAAAACAAAUAUUAAGAUUAGCCGGAGGGAGUGUGAUCCAUAAAUGUUAAAUUAUAUAUAGUUUACACCCAGAAUGUCCUAUAUCAGAUUUUCCUUGACUUGCAUUGCUUUGUCACCUGUAGUUUAAAAAAAAAUGUGGUCCUUCCGUUUGAGUCGUAAGGACUUAUGUACUUCAAUUCAAUCGGAACAUUAUUUAAAAUUACUUUUGAGGGACCAUGUUCGUAAGCAUUCUGUAACUGAAAUUUUUACUUACGUUCCAUGUUAAUAGUCUAGUUUCUAACCCAAAUACCCGUAGGCCUAACUCCGGGAUGGGAAACUCCAGGCCGGAGUGGGGUUCCCCCCCCUAGCCAACACAGCGGAUAACUUUAUUUGCGUUUCAAACUGAAGAUGAUUAUUGGAGUCCGGUGUUUUAGCUGGGGGGAAAAGUAUGACACUAAUCAGGCCUCGAGUUGCCCAGGCCUCUAGCUAUGAACCCUUUAGUAUGAAUGUGUUCAUUGACGUGGCAUCAAUGUCGUGGUUCUGGUAUUUGGGGUUCAGGAACGUCGUGAAAAACUGCAUUUUCAUUGGCCACAGCAUUCGGAUACAAGCUUUUCAUUGGUCCUAGUUUUGGAAUGGCAUUUCUAUAUAUCGUUUUGAUCAAAUUAAUCUAUUAUAGUGUUUUUGUGUGAACUAAUUACUAAAAUAUCUGCCCAAUAUUCAAUACAGUGUGUUGCAUGUCAUUUUAAUAUAAACUCCCAAGGGGACAUUAGUUGCGCUAAUUUCACCGCGGUUGUGUCCAUAUUUGGACAAGCCUAUCGCACGAUUUUCCUGUCGCCAACAUCCUACAAGCCAAACAGUCUCAGUAAGGGUGUGCCUAACGGAGGGAUGGCCCAGUUUCAGGAGGAGAUGAGGCAGCAGCUGGAGACCUCCAUGCACGCAGAGCUGGAGAAACUACUGGACACUGCCACGGGGGUCGACAAGGAGGUCUCCAAGAAGGACUUUGAUGGAUUCAAGAAGCUGUUCCACAGGUUUCUGCAGGUGGAGGGGCCAUCGGUGGACUGGCCCAAGAUACACAGACCUCCAGAAGACUCAAUCCAGCCCUAUGAUAAGAUAGCAGCGCUGCCCCUGCCGGACAGCCUGGCAGACAGUCUCAACAAGCUGGUGGUCGUCAAGUUGAAUGGAGGCCUGGGGACCAGCAUGGGCUGUAAAGGCCCCAAGAGCCUCAUCAGCGUCCGCAACGAGAACACUUUCCUGGACCUCACCGUGCAGCAGAUAGAGCACUUGAACAAGAAGUACAACACAGACGUUCCUCUGGUCCUGAUGAACUCCUUCAACACCGAUGAAGACACCAAGAAGAUCCUUCAGAAAUACACACACCACCGUGUCAAGAUACACACCUUCAACCAGAGCAGGUACCCCCGUAUUAAUAAAGAGUCCCUCCUGCCUGUGGCCACAGACAUUGGUAUGACGGGUGAGAACGCUGAUGUGUGGUACCCUCCUGGCCACGGGGACAUCUACGCCAGCUUCUACAACUCUGGUCUGCUGGAUCAGCUCAUCACAGAGGGCAAGGAGUACAUCUUUGUGUCUAACAUUGAUAACCUGGGUGCUACGGUGGACCUGAACAUCCUGCAUCACCUGGUGAGCCAGCCCAAUGGGAAACGCUGUGAGUUCAUCAUGGAGGUCACCGACAAGACCCGCGCUGACGUCAAGGGCGGUACUCUUAUUCAGUAUGAUAACAAGCUGCGUCUGCUGGAGAUAGCCCAGGUCCCCAAGGCCCAUGUAGAUGAGUUCAAAUCAGUCACCAAGUUUAAGAUCUUCAACACCAACAACCUGUGGAUCUCUCUGGGCGCCAUCAAGAGGCUACAGGAGCAGAACGCCAUGGACAUGGAAAUCAUCGUUAACCCCAAGACACUGGACGGCGGUCAGAACGUGAUCCAGCUGGAGACGGCGGUGGGCGCGGCCAUCAAGAGCUUCGACAACGCCCUGGGCAUCAACGUGCCGCGAUCCCGCUUCCUGCCCGUCAAGACCGUCUCCGACCUCCUAUUGGUCAUGUCCAACCUCUACAGCCUGGAGGCGGGCUCUCUCACCAUGAGCCAGAAGAGAGAGUUCCCUACCACGCCCCACGUCAAGCUGGGCAGCUCCUUUACUAAGGUCCAGGAAUACCAGACGCGAUUCGAGAGCAUCCCUGAUAUGCUGGAGCUGGAUCACCUGACUGUGUCCGGUGACGUCACGUUUGGAAAACAAGUUUCUCUCAAGGGAACGGUCAUCAUCAUAGCCAAUCACGGAGAUCGUAUCGACAUCCCGGCUGGAACGAUACUGGAGAACAAGAUUGUGUCGGGCAACCUUCGCAUCCUGGACCACUGAAGCCUUUAACUACUCCUCCAGCACCACAUCCACCACCAUCAUGUGACAAAGCCAGACACAUCCACCACCAUCAUGUGACCAAGCCAGACACAUCCACCACCAUCAUGUGACCAGACACAUUCACCCCAAUCAUGUGACCGAGGCAGACUUGAUCCAGACUCCUUUAAAUAAACUCCUUAGAGAGGGGUGUCAUACCCAACAGAUUGUGAUGUGAUAUCCAAGCUAUACUAUACCUGUAGUAUUUCAGCUCCCUGCCCAUUAGAUUCCCUUACUGGAUGAGAAUCGUGAUAGAAGUCAUAUGGAUGUGAUGUCAAUGGGAGAUUCAAUAUCUACAGUACAUGUCAGUACAGUCUUAGACUGGGAUUCAAUAUCUACUGUACAUGUCAGUACAGUCUUAGACUGGGAGUCAAUAUCUACUGUACAUGUCAGUACAGUCUUAGACUGGGAGUCAAUAUCUACUGUACAUGUCAGUACAGUCUUAGACUGGGAUUCAAUAUCUACUGUAAAUGUCAGUACAGUCUUAGUCUGGGAUUCAAUCUGAUCGGGGAUUUGGACAAUGCACCAUUUAAAGGUAACUCCUGAUUGAGCCGACAGAUACAGUGUUUACCGUGGAUGUAGUGACCAUGAACGUGGGACAUUGCCUUUAAAACAUGCAUUCCAGACAAAGCGGGAUCGGAUUGCAUCCCGGCCCUAAUUCACCAUUCAAUAUUAUAUAAUGUCCACAACAAUAUCGAAGGAAUACCAGUCAACAAUAUUAUGAAAUACUUGUCAUUGUUA